AGCUUCACACGUAUUGCCUUGGUUUAUUGAUGACCGUACAAUUGGUAACAAGCAAUGAGGAUCAGAUGCUUUGGGAGAAACUGUAUGAUUCAACAUCGUCAACUUCUUCCGAAAGUAAAGACUGCAUGGUGCAAGCUGAUGUUGUUUUCCUGUUAGAUAUCAGCCUAUCACCAAGUGCCAAGGUCAUACAACAAUUCAUCAUCAAGGUCAUGGAUAAAUUUAGUAAUGUUGGACCAAAAGGAUUACAGUGUGGUGUCCUUUCACCAACCAAGGAGGAUAAUUUCUUUUUAGACGAGUAUUCUAACGUUGAAGGAUAUAAAGCGGCUGUAAGAUCUAUAAAUCCCCAACGCAAUGGUCCUGUUGUCAUGGCUACCUUUAUGCAGGACAUAAAAGAUGAUUAUUUCUCUGGAGAACAUGGCGGAGGACGACCUUGUGCUGAAAAGUUUAUAUUCAUCCUCACUGAUAACAGAACUAGUUUCCGAUCAAAUAUGACAAAGAUUGUUUCGGAUUUUAAAGCAUCUGGAGUGACUAUAUAUGGAAUAACAAUUGGCGACGUUAGUAAACCCAUAUUAAAGAAAAUGUCGAACUUCAUAUUUGAUAUACACGAUCCAGAAGCAGUCGAAACAUUUGUCAAGUCCGUGUGUCAAAGUUCUUUGUGCAAACAUCCACGAGAAGAUCCGAGAGAACAAAUCGACCAACAAAAUGAAGACAAACAAGCAGACGUUAAAGGAUCCACCCCAGAGGAGGAAGCACAAGCCAUCUUCGAGUUACCAAUUCCUAAAUCCGAGUUUUUGAAAUUAUUGAAGGCUGGAGGAAGACAUCAAAUUCCUGAUUCUGAUCCUGUUCAUCCCUUUCGUUGACCAUGAUCAGUCGUAAUUCAACAGAACUUGAGGAUUA